AACCACUCUCACAUGAAAAGACGUGGCCGAUGCGGGGAGGUUCGCCUUUCGUGCCGUGGUGGGGUUCGUGGGGCUCGUGACGGCUCGCUCCGCAACAACUCUCCUCACCACCACAGCAGCCACAGCCGACGCCGUGGCACGCUCAUGCUCAUCCUCCUCGUCAGUGCGGUAGUACUGGCAGCGACAGUCAGGGUCGGCGAGGCGAGCGAGACCAGGACAGGUUCGGUGGCCUCGGGAGAUGCUGCGUCGAUGCAGAUCAGCACUGGGUUCGUCAGCAGUGAUCCCGGACAUGUCGAUUUCGAUGGCUCAGAAGAGCAAGGCGCCGCCAUUUUUCAACUCUCGGGCUCGGUAGUGAGCACAACAGGGGUGAUCUGGAUCGAAAGUGCAAUCCUCACUCUGCGAGAUGUCGAUGCGCCAAGCCCGAUUGCUGUCAACCUUGCCUUCUACAACUACUCGGUGGCAGACAAGGGCAAGACGUUUGACGACCCGCCGUGGUCUGACUUGUUUGGGUUGGACGCCUUUCCCACCUCGGCUCCAUACACAGUCACAUUGUCGCCCAGCUCGCCAUCGUUUGUGGCUACGACCGCGCUACGGCCUUUCCUCACAGACGCCUAUUUGGCAGAUGCCUUUGACGGCAAUCGCUUUGCCAUUCGCCUCUCCAUGGUGGCUGGCGAGUGUCCGGCCGGCACCUGCCGCAUCGACUUUGACCCACAGCCGUCGCUGUUCAUAACUUACCAUGAGGUCUGUCCCGAGAUCUCGGUGGAGAACGGGUCCGUGAGUAACGAUCCAACAACCGGGCGCCCGAUGGCGCUCACAGGUGACAAACUGCGUAUCACCUGCGACUCUGGAUUCGACGAGUCCGGCGUGGACGGCAGCGACGAUGUUACCUGCACCGGUCAUGUGGGUGACUCUGACCUCGACGCCUGUGGCGUUUGCUUUGGCGGCAACGGCGAUCUCGACGACUGCGGAGUCUGCUUUGGAGGCAACUCUGCCAAGGACGGCUGUGGCGUGUGCUAUGGAAACAACGCGACGUGCGCCGGGUGCGACGGUGUACCAUACUCGGGCAAAGUACCGGAUGUUUGCGGCGUGUGUGGCGGCGAUGGUUCGGGGUGCUCGGGCUGCAACUUUAUCCCGAUCCCACUCGGCGGCGUGUGGUUUGACGGGUGCGGUGUGUGUGGCGGAUCGGCCAGCAUCUCGACAUGCGCCACACCAUGCAUCGCCAACACCACGGCGGUGUUCGACUGCUUUGGAGUGUGCAACGGUACAGCAUACGUCGAUGACUGCGGUAUGUGCGUCGGUGGCGCCACGUCGAACACAGCCAACUUUUUCAAGGAUGCGUGCGGGAUGUGCUUUGGCGGCGAGACUGCUCGCGAUGCGUGCGGCGACUGCCACGGCGGCAACGCGCGCCGCGACGAGUGCGGCAUCUGCGGUGGCGGAAACUCGCGGAUGGACAGCUGCGGGGUGUGCUUUGGCGGUGAGCGAGGCAAGGACAUAUGUGGCGUGUGCGGUGGAAAUGGAACAAGCUGCAUCGGUUGCGACGCUGUCAUCGACUCGACUGCCGCCUUUGACGCAUGCGGCGUGUGCGGCGGGCACAACGAGUGUCUUCGCGAGCGCAGCUCAUCCAGCUCGCUGACGUUGCCAGUGGCGGUUGGCAGCAGUGCUGGCGUCCUACUCUGCUGCGUUGUCAUUGUCAUCUGCAUUGUCAUGCUCUCGCGGCGGUCGCGACGAGUGGCGACCGAGGCCAUCACUGCAAGCAAGGCCAAAGCUGCGCUUGCGGUAGCGCCACAGGGCGUAGUCAUUCUCCUUGUCACCGAUGUGGUCGACUCGACUCGGCUGUGGGAGGAGGUGCCGGACGUGAUGGCAGCAUGCUCGGUGCAGCACGAUGCUAUUGUGCUCAAUGCUCUCGCGGCACACGACGGGUACGUGGUGCGCAACGAGGGUGACUCGUUCAUUGCCGCCUUUCCAACGUCCCGAGCGAGCGCCGCCAUCGACGCUGCCCGCGACAUCCAGCACGAACUUGCCAACACCGACUGGCCGCGUGGUCUCAAGUUGCGAACCCGCCAAGGCCUAGCCUGUCGCAUCGGUCUGCACGCUGGUCGACCGGUGAUCCGAUUUGACGAGCGGACGCAGCGGGUGGCGUACGGCGGAGUUGCCAUGGUCCGUGUCGACGCCAUCACGAACAUGGGUGGUGCCGGCGAGAUUGUUGUCUCGCAAGCGGUGCUGAUCAUGGCCGGCGGUGGGUAUGCCACUCGCGAGCUGGGCACUGCUCCAGGCGGCAGCGACGCAGUUGUGUACAAGCUGAUGAUGGCGAGCAGCAACGAGCUGUCAGGCUCAUCCACUACCAGCGCUGACGAAACGUCGACAACAUCACUCGCGACAGCACUCGCCGGCCUCGGAAACGUGGUCCCAACGGCGACGACACAGUCUGUUCCGCAGUCGGCCCUGGCCUCGCUCGCCGAGCUGCUCUCGGAUCGUGAAAGCGAGUCGUCGCACCAGUCGAGCGGGCCGGAAGUUCGCAAGUCAACCCGCUCGCAGUCGGUGGCUGUCGACCUGGGCUGGGGCCCAUCGCGCCGGGCACAGGCGCCGACCCGGACUCGGACCCGAGCUGAGACCCGGAGCCGCACAAGGACCGGCUUGCGCCAGAGGGUGCGGACUAGAUCAAAGCGCCGGCGUCACGCCUCGGUCGAGCUUGUCCCGUCGUCGUCACAAGCCAGCAUGUGCUCCUCGAUUCCCGAGCUGGCCGAGACGAUCAGACUUCGGCAAACGCGCUCUUCACUUGGGGUGCUGCCACCUGCCGGCUCGGGCGUCUCGCGGCAUCGGGUGCGAUCGAGGCGCAAGCGCCGCAACCGCGACAGGGCUACACGCUUGCGAAAGUCGUCGAGCAACGUUGUGACCAGAGGCCUGCGGCACGCCUCAAUCUCGGUAUGCGGUCCCGUUGUCAAGCCUUCUUCGUCUCUCGGUGCACUCGGCGCAUCGAUGGUCUCGUCUCCCAGCCUCUCCGCCACCGUCACAGAGUCUGGCUCCGGCUCGCACCUCACCUGCGACGAUAGCAUCUCCGUUCUCAUCACGCCACACCACGCCUUGACAGCCGGCACCCCGACUCCAACCGCCUUGAUGAGUCUCGUCUCCAGCCCAACAGUAGGCCCCCAUGCGCCGGCGUCCGAAUGUGGGCGCUAG